CUUUCCCACUCUUUGUCAGUCCGUUUCGGGACACGCGAACAAGCUAUCGAGGCGCAACAAGUCGUUUCGAAUCGGGCAUGAGCCUCGGUCACCGUCCGUUGAAGGAGGCAACCGAUUAAUAGCACAAAUGAAGUCUCUACGGAUACAGUCCGCCCUGGGGCUCUUUCUCCGACCCUGCGCCGCCCCGUCGGUCGCCAUCCCGGGACUUAGGGCGCAAGCACGAUGGGCGCAUAAUGGUUCACAGCAACAGAAGCAAUCCCAGCUCCCAUUAGUACCGGCACCGAUUCCCUUUGUCCCCGAUGUCGAGACCUUCCUCACCGUGAUCGGCCGCGGCCUCAAACAACACGCGUCCAAGUUUCCUACGUGGGACGCGCUCUUUACUUUGACGUCCGAACAGCUCAGAGAACUCGGCAUCGAGCCUCCAAGGACGAGGCGGUACCUGCUAAGGUGGAGGCAACGGUUCAGGGAGGGCAAGUUCGGCAUUGGCGGUGACCUCAAGUACGUCGAGAACGGCACGGCGGAGCUGAGGGUCCACGAGAUCGACAAGACGCCGCUGCUCCGCAUAAGACGUGUUGUCAACGUGCCUCCUGGAAAGAAGAUUGAGGAGGUCUCGCCCUCGGAAAUGGUCCGCGCAAAAGGCUUCACGGUCAAAGGAACCCGCACCAUUGUGGGCCCCUACGCGCUGCCCAUGAAGCACGGCGGUGCACGUAUCACGGUAACGGAGGGCAUGUGGGAGGACAAGAGAGGACAUAAGGUGGAUGGCGGUGAGCGGAGGAGAGCCGAGAUCCGCUUCAAGAGGCGCGUUGCGGAGCGGAAGGCGUUGAGGGAAGCGCAAGGCUACUAUUAGCGGCCACAUCACGACUGGGUGGCCCGGCGUGCCAGGAGCAAUGUGUUAAAAUAUGUAGCAGCGACGCAUCGCGUGUAGAAUCUGUACAAUAUUGGGACUUGGCGUCUAGACCUCAAACCAGCAGUUUCGAGUCUUGUCUGUCAGUCUUGCCUCUCAGUCACACCCACUUU